AUGUUUGCUUUGAAAUCGAUAGGCAAAUCACUUCGAGCCGAUGAAGAACCUUCGCCAGAACUGUCUGCCUAUAAGUUGAGCGCAGGCUUUGCUAUCGGGCUCAUAUGUCUCGGAUUAGGUGAUGAGAUAGAGGCUGCCAGACCCCCUUUUAAACAACCACUUCCAUCAAUUCCGGACAGGCUCCUUGCUCUUAUGCUUGGAGGACCUAGGAAUCAAUGCGUUUUCAUUCAUCCUCAAAUGAUGACAUGCCCAGAAGCACAAGCGGCAUCGACGACGCCGCCGCAGGAGGCUCGCUCAAAUCAUGUUCGGGUACGUCUCAAACGUUUGAUUGAAUGGUUUGAUUCUAAAGAAAAUGGUUUAUAGGA